UAUUGCUAGCGUUCUUCCGAAAGGACCAAUAAGCUCCGAAGACAAUUGAGAAGCAUAAAAUACGUCUCAAAUGUGUGAUACUGUUAAUUCAUUUUUGGAGGUACUAUGAUCACCGGCCCAAGUGUUGAAUUUGGAGGGUCUUUUUCUGAUUCUGGAGGAACUGGUGGUAUUGCCCAGCUUCGGCGCCGAGGGGCAUCGAGUCGUACGCUUGGGACGUUUCGUACGCGGCGUUGUCUUCGAACGGCCGGUAGUAGUCUGAGUGGCUGGUUGGAGUAUUGGUUUUCGUUGGUGGGGGUGGCGCCUGCAACUUCUGGAGCAACUCGGCCUUUUGCUGAUACGUUCCCGCUUCGGCACCGAGUGGCAGCGUAUCGUCUGGGUGAUUCGCGUCUGUCACGUACGCCGCGUCAUCUUGUUCGUAGGACUCGGGCUUCUUACGGCGGCCAUAGGACCCCGCUUCCGCGCCCAAUGGCAAUGUGUCGUGGGGUUGGUUUGCAUCGGUGUUGUACUGCUGGUCUUGGGACGAGGAGGUUUGAGAAGUACUGGGAAGUUGGUGUCUAAAUGUGGAGGAUGAUGGAAGGAACGUGAUGACGUCGGGCUUGGCGGGGGCGUCACCAGGUGCUGCUUUGGCAGCUUGCCACGUGGAUUGGAUCAUUUUCAUGUUGUUGGCCAUGCCGGUUCCGCCUAAUUGAGAAAUCAGCGCCGCUUUCUUGGCGGCGCGGGAUUCCGCCGCGGUCUGGCCAGUGUGCACGGACGCCUUGGACGUGGGCUUUUUGGGUCGCUUGGGCGGGCGAAAGUCUUCGAUGCGUUGCUGAGCAACCACGGAAGGUUCAAAGCGAUCAACCACGACAGCUGAAACGGAUCGACCGGUCGGAGGCGGACGGGGUGCUGCUGCGAGGUUGGACACGACACGCCUGGAUGACAGAGGAGCACUGAAUGGAGCGGCAGGCAUGACGUCGUUCUCUUCUAGAAGGGCGACGCCGGAUGUCUGUCGGUGGUGGUGUGUGGACGACGCCGGCGGGCGAGGUAAUUGCGUAGAAGGUGCCGCGGACGGGUGCAGCGAAUUGUUGUCUAGGUCGUGCUGGAACGCCAAUUGGUGGAACCCAGAUGCAUGUGUACCUUCGACCACCACUGGAGCCUUUCCCGGCUGGGGGUUGUGAAUGGUGUCGUCCUGGGCAUACGGGUCCACAAAGUCUUCAAACUGGGGCGCCUUGCGUCGCUGGCAUCGCUUGAAGUAGAAGACCACGACGAUCCCGACCACAAGAGCGGCCCCCACGCCCACGAGCAGGAUGGUCACCCAUCCAUUCUUCGCUUCCUCUUCCAAUCCUCGUUGGAGUGCGCUGGACCUGCCAACGGUGGGCUGCAUUGGCAACUUUGGCGU